AUGAAGCUUUCGGGCUGGGCUCAAGUCCUUGUAGUCAUUGCGGUGGUGGCACGUAGCGUGGUAGCCACGGUUGAUGAUCCUGAUGUUGGCGAAGGUUUCAACUUCCUCGAUGGAACUGUGGAGAGUGCCACCGAAAAGUUGAUUGGUACUCUGAGUCCCAACGCCCCGGCGAGCACGCAGCAAAGCCCAGUGGGCGGUGAAUACUUCGCACCGUUUGGUACUGACGAGCCAUCCGAGGAACUCUUUAAACGGAAUGGCAGUCUCGCAAAGCUUGCUCCAAUCAUCAACGUCGCCAAAGAAGCGCUCAAUCAGCCAAUUCCGACUAACAAGUGGUGGGGCAACUUGAUCCACGUCACAGCUACCAAUAAGUCAGAAAACUUUCCUGCGUGGGCUCAACCGUACUCAUUUUUUCUGCCAAAGGUAGCACCAUACGGCGUGCAAGCGUGUUAUCCCUACACAUACCGUGAGAUGGCAUCAGAGAUUAACAAUACCGUCAAAUGGUACUCUCAUAGUAUUCACAACGACCUUACGCUCUCCGCCCAAGAGUUCAACGAGACAAAACCAAAGUACGAAGUGUAUUCAUGGGAUGACAUUGGCAUCAAGCUCCGUACUUGUGCCCCUGGUAGCGUUGGGUGCAUUGAUUCGGCACUAUUGAGCGGCAUGGCCUUCGUGUCGGCCAAAUACAACGGACUUACACCACGUAUCGAUACCGAGCACAACAUCACGUAUGUGGCCAACUCGGCGCCGGGCAAGUUUGUCAUCCAUCUCAACAACAGCCAAACGUGGGUACUGUACGCAAGUGACAAGAGCCUGUCGCUCCGUGUGGAGGAGUCGGUGGUGUUCUCUGUGAACGCCUCGGGUUCGUCGUUAGUGGCGGACAAGGGAUACUCUGGCACGAUCCGAGUAGCUGUACUACCGGAGGGGGCGGAAGACACAGUUUACGACGAGUACGCGGGGUGUGUGGUGCGUGGCGGCAGUGUUUCAAUGGAGUCGCGCACGGGAUACUCGCUACACUGGGACGUGGAGGGAAGUUCAUGUGACUCGGUAGGCCUGCUGCACUUCGCACUGCCGCACCAGAUUGAGUCGAUGAGUGGGUCUCCGAUGAAGACGACAAGUCCUGGUGCCAUCGUUCUGCAUUCAACCACAAGAGGGCAAAUGGUUGGCCAAGUGUCAACGUUAUGGGCGUUCGUGGAGCCUGAGGCAGACUUCGAAGUGGACUUCUAUCCUGCUCGAAAGCCAACUCCUUGGGUGGUUCUCCAGACUGGCAUGCUCAAGACAUUGCAGAAGGACAUCAUGGCAAACUGGUCCUUGAAUGCGAACAGUUGGUACUUCAACGGCAAGUACUACCAGAAGUAUGCGUCAUUAUGCCUGAUGGCUGCAGAUACGGCCGUUGUUGGGUCUGACACGACAUUGCUAACUUAUUGCUUGGAAAAGCUGGAAGCUAUGAUUGAGCCAAUGCUGAACAACACUCUGUCGCCACCGCUUGUCUACGAAACUCUGUACGGCGGAAUUGUUUCAAGCUUGAUCUUUGAGAACGGUUGGCUGUACAUGGACUUCGGCAGCGGAAUCUACAACGACCAUCACUAUCACUUCGGCUACUUUGUGACGGCUUCGGCGAUUAUAAAGCACUUGGACCCCAACUGGUCUCGUAUGCCGGAACUCGAGAGAAUUAUCUGGACGAUGCUGCGAGACGUUGCAAAUCCGAGCCUGGAAGAUCCCUACUUCCCUCGUUUUCGCCACUUCUCCUGGUACCAUGGCCACUCGUAUUCACGGGGCGUCACUCUACUAGACCAUGGCAAGGACGAGGAAAGCACGUCCGAAGAUAUAAACUUUUACUACGGUAUGACGAUGUGGGGCAAAGUGACGGGCCACAAGGCAAUGGAGGACCUCGGAAGUCUGAUGCUGCGUCUGAACGCACAUGCCAUUCGUACGUAUUUCUUACUGAAGUCGGACAAUACUGUCCACCCACCGGAGAUCGUGCGCAACCACGUCACGGGCAUCUUCUUCGACAACAAGGUGUACUAUAACACGUGGUUCCUCGACGAGGUGUAUGCGAUUCACGGCAUUCAAAUGAUCCCGGUGUCCCCGAUCAACGAAUUGGCACGCACGUCGGAAUUCGUAGAACAGGAAUGGAAUGACAUUUUGUCAAAGGAAAGUAUUGUCACCAUGAAGAACAGCAACAACACGUGGCUCUCGCUGCUGUUGGUGAACGCAGCCACAGUCAACCCGAUGGACUCGUUGCGCAAGCUGAAGAACGCCACCAUGGACGACGGUUUGUCGCGGUCGUGGGCACUGUACAACGCAGCCACGCGCUGCCGCGACGGCGUGGACAUUAAGGGAACGGUCUCCAAGCUACAAGUAGCGGUUGAGGUGUAGGUCGUAAGAAUGGAGAUCAAGUUGAAGUUGAGCAGAAUGAAGGUCAGGUUGAAGCUUACAAGGAAUGAAGGUCAAGUUGUUGUUGGAGACUAAGGAGUGGAGGUCACGUUGAAGUUUUCCGAAACGUCGCAAGGCACCACCAGCACUGCAGUGACUCCAGGUAUAUUGUCGGUACUGAUGUGGUUGAGCCUUGCGCCAGAUAGGAUCGUCGUUGAAACGCAAGG